GCAGGUUUAAGCGAGGUUUCAUCCUCGGUCUAUGCAGAAUUGCAGAUACUUCUAUGUCUCCCAGAUUCUCCACACUCUCUCCCAGCAAUCCAUAGCUCCACAAUGAGCUUGGCAGCUUCCUUUUCAAUCCCCGAGGUUCAUGCUUACUCAAGAACCGGUCUCCACGUUGAAAGAAAACCUCACAAAAACCUUCACUUUCUUUCUAUUCCCAAUCCCUCCACUCUAUUAUCUUCACUCCCUUCCACCUCUUCUUUUCCCUUGACCAUUACUUCCCCCUCAACCCCAAUUCAGUUUCGUCCCUUAUCGGAUUCAGUCCACGAUAAUUUCAUCGACGACCUUGACAAUCCACUCAAUCCACACAACCCCGUCGUGAAUAGAAUUUAUGAAGUCCAGGCCCCAGAGUCGUCGUGCCCGAGAAUAUUUAUUCAGGACCCACCUUGGAUUUCUUCGCUUUUUGCAAAAGGACUCAAUAAUGUAGCUAACAGAGAGUUGAAAUUGGAGUUUAAGGAAAUUGAGAAGAGCAAGUAUAAUUUGUUGCGAAGGAGGCAGAUUAAGGCGGAGACUGAAGCGUGGGAGAGGAUGGUGGAGGAGUACAGAGAACUAGAAAGACAAAUGCGUGAGAAGAACUUGGCUCCCAAUUUGCCUCAUGUGAAGUCGCUGUUUUUAGGGUGGUUUGAUCCCCUGAGGGAGGCCAUAGAAAGGGAGCAGAAGUCACAGAUGUCGAAGAAGAAGAAGGCGGCAUAUUCGCCCUAUAUUGAUAUAUUGCCUGCAGCUAAAAUGGCUGUUAUUGUCAUGCAUAAAAUGGUGGGCUUGCUCAUGCUGGAUUAUGAAGCCGGUUGUGUUCAACUUGUUCAGGCUGCUGUUCAGAUUGGGAUGGCCAUAGAACAAGAGGUGAGAAUUCAUAAAUUCCUGGAAAAAACUAGAAGCCACCAGGGUAAGAAGACAAUGGUUAAUGCUGAUGACAGUCUGAACAAUGAUAAAGAAAAACUAAGGAAACGUGUGAAUGUUUUGAUUAGGAGGAAAAGACUUAAAAAAGUACAGAUGCUGCUGAAAAAGGAAGAAUUUAGUUCAUGGGCUCGUGAUACUCAGGCUAAGCUGGGAUGUCGAUUGAUAGAACUGUUAAUUGAAACAGCAUAUAUACAGUCUCCCGUUACGCAGUGUGCUGAUUCUCCACCUGAUAUUCGACCAGCAUUCAGGCACAGGUUUCAAGCUGUGUCAAAGAGUCCAAGGCAAAAGAUUUUGAAGAACUAUGGCGUUAUAGAAGGUGAUCCCUUAGUCCUUGCUGGGCUUGAUAAAUCUGCUAAACAUAUGUUAAUACCUUACAUGCCAAUGUUGAUACCUCCAAAAAAGUGGAAAGGAUAUGACAAGGGUGGACACUUGUUCUUGCCGUCUUAUAUUAUGCGUACUCAUGGAUCUAGAAAGCAACAAGAUGUAAUGAAGAAUGUCAAAGGGAAACAAAUGCAAAAAGUUUUUGAGGCUUUGGAUAUGCUUGGUAAUACCAAAUGGCGAAUAAAUAGAAGACUGCUUGGUGUUGUUGAGACAAUCUGGGAUGGAGGAGGUAAAAUUGCAGGCCUGGUUGAUCGUCAAGAUGUUCCCAUACCAGAAAAGCCACUGGUUGAGGAAUUAAAACUAAUUCGGGAAUGGAAAUGGAGUGUGAGGAAGGCAAAGAAAAUUAAUCUAGAGAGGCAUGCUCAAAGAUGUGACACUGAGCUUAAGCUUUCUGUGGCCCGAAGAAUGAAAGAUGAGGAGGGCUUUUAUUAUCCCCACAAUCUUGACUUCCGUGGCAGAGCAUAUCCAAUGCAUCCUCACCUGAAUCAUUUAAGUUCUGAUCUGUGUCGAGGUCUGCUUGAGUUUGCUGAAGGACGGCCAUUGGGGAAGUCUGGACUAAAGUGGCUGAAGAUACAUUUGGCGAAUUUGUAUGCUGGUGGUGUUGAGAAAUUGUCUUAUGAUGGGCGUCUAGAAUUUGUGGAGAACCAUCUUCACGAUGUGUUUGACUCUGCUGAUAACCCAAUUAAUGGUAACCGUUGGUGGUUAACAGCUGAAGAUCCUUUCCAAUGCCUUGCUGCAUGUUUCAAUCUAUCAGAGGCCUUAAGAAGCUCAUCACCACAUUCCGUUGUCUCACAUCUGCCAAUUCAUCAGGAUGGUUCCUGUAAUGGCUUACAGCACUAUGCAGCCCUGGGCAGAGAUUGUUUGGAGGCUGCUGCGGUUAACUUGGUUGCCAGAGAAAAACCAGCUGAUGUUUACUCAGAGAUUGCUGUUAGGGUUCAUGAUAUCAUGAUAAGGGAUAGCAGUGAAGAUCCUACUACAAAUCCAAAAGCUUUAUUAGCAAAGGUUUUAAUUGACAAGGUUGAUAGGAAACUGGUCAAACAGACAGUUAUGACUUCAGUGUAUGGUGUGACUUUUGUUGGGGCAAGAGAGCAAAUAAAAAGAAGAUUACUGGAGAAAGGCCUCAUAACCGAUGACAAACUUAUAUUUGAUGCAGCAUGCUAUGCUGCGAAAGUGACAUUGGAUGCCCUUGGGGAAAUUUUUGAAGCUGCACGUGGCAUUAUGAAUUGGCUUGGUGAUUGUGCAAAGGUGAUUGCUUCUGACCAUCAGGCUGUUCGAUGGACCACUCCUCUUGGUCUUCCUGUUGUACAACCAUACUGCAAAACUGAGCGUCAUCUGGUCAAAACAACUCUUCAGGUUUUGGCUUUGCAGCGGGAGGGUGAUGCAGUUAAUGCCAGAAAACAGAGAACCGCAUUUCCUCCAAAUUUUGUACAUUCACUGGAUGGUUCACACAUGAUGAUGACUGCUCUUGCCUGCAGGGAUGCUGGCUUGCGUUUUGCAGGGGUUCAUGACUCAUUCUGGACACAUGCAUGUGAUGUGGAGAAAAUGAAUCAGAUUCUUAGAGAACAAUUUGUGGAGCUUUAUAGCUCGCCAAUACUCGAAAAUUUGCUGGAGGGCUUUCAGAAAUCAUACCCAGGAUUGACAUUCCCUGCACUGCCAGAGAGAGGUGAUUUUGACUUGCAGAAGGUCCUAGAGUCACCAUAUUUCUUCAACUGAGCAUUUCUCUACUAGAAUCAUGGAUUUCCACAGAAACAUUCUUCGCUUCCAUGGCAACCUGUCUUGGAAGCCUUGGGGGGAACAAAGACCUAUGUUGGCUUCAAGAAAUGCCUAGGAAGGAUAGAUAUCGGACCCCAAGGAUAUUUUCCAGCACCCGUGUGCGUUGCCAGAAUGCUCAGAAUGUACUAUGAUCUUAUUUAUACAGUUCUGGUUCAACUGGAGAAAAGCUUCAAUUCCUGUUCCACCAUAUAGGGAAUGAAUUCCCAGUAAGAUUUUGGCGUUGACAAUUUUGACAAUUUUGUUCACCCGGCUCUGCUGCUUAAUUGACAGUGGCGUUUUCCUUGUGAGAUAUCUCUAGAGAUAAACUGUAUAAAAAAUAAGCAGAACAAGUCAAUAAUAUGUAGAAUAUGUAAACAUGUCAGGAGUAGGCUUUACUUUUCGUUAACAGACAGAAUUAGGCUUUACUGAAAAGGGAGUUUGGCAGGUGCAUGUGUAUAUUCUUAACUGGGAGGUUCUCAUCCUCUUUUGUAAGCUUAUGUCUAAUGGCUAUCUAUAAUUUUUCAGUGCCAGAUAA